GCGAUGUAUCUACAAGGCCAGGCUCAGCUGCGGUACGAUCCGUGCGACCUGGGUGUGCUUUAUUUUGACAAAGUUACGGACAUCCUGUGGAAAGGGACUGUUAAUUUAGGACUGUAUCCUUAUCUCAAUGACGCACAAAUCGAAAUUAACUUUAAGGAUCCCCUGAUAUUUUACGGCUUUUCACAGCAAAGCAAAAUGAUUGUCAACAAUAGAUGGCGUGAAUACAUUUUGGUGCCAAAAGGAAAAUUACCUACUCGUUAUCAUUUCUAUUUUUCAAUAAAUUCGACAGUCGCUGUAGAAAAACCAACGGUCACAAAAUUUACGUUGAACAAUGUUCUACUAUGUGGUGAACAUAUUAAAAAGAACAGCACUCCGACGGAUAGUCGACAGCCCGGUAACUUUCAAUGCGGCAGGCGGUCUCUCAACCAUUCCGAGCUCGUGACAGUCCGGGCGGACGCCAAGGCCGGGGACUGGCCCUGGCACGUGGCGGUCCUGAUACGUGAUCUGCAGAACAGUAGCAUCGCGAUGUACCAGUGCGGCGGCAACAUCGUAUCCCGCACCGCGGUGUUGACCGCUGGUCACUGCUUGUUUACUGGCAACAAAACGGUCCCUACCAACAGAUUAAUAAUUCAAGCUGGGACAAGUAAUUUGUGGGAUUUAAAGGAAAUUGGCAGACAAAUUCUAACAGUAGAAAGAGUAGUAAUUCACCCAAGCUACGUUUUAGAACAAGCUACAUCCGACCUCGCUAUCCUGUUCGUCAACACGCUGGUGUUUACAGAAUACGUCCAGCCAAUCUGUGUUUGGGGACCUUUGUACGAUAAAAGAAUUUUGUACGGGCAGCAGGCAGUGGUCGCAGGCUUCGGUUUGACGGAGCAGAAUGUCAUGUCGGACAGAUUAAGGUCAUCGUACACCAUCGUGCAGCCCGAUAAAGUGUGCGUCGCGACCGCACCGACUCUCUACUCUAGUCUGCUAAAUGAGUUCACUUUCUGUGCUGGAGACGGUAAUUCUGGCACGAGUCCUCUGAAUGGCGACAGCGGCGGGGGCCUGGCGGUGGCAGUGACUCACAUCGACGACAGAAUCAGCUGGUUCCUUCGCGGGAUCCUCUCCAAAUGCGUCAUACCUCAGGGCAAGAAGCUCUGCGAUCCCAAAUACUUCGUGGUAUACACAGACGUAGCCCCGCACUAUGGCUGGAUACACCAUCAUAUCGCAGGAUAA